GUCUGAGGUUUUUGAACACAGCUUAAGGAGGGGAGAAGGGUUGUUUUGACGAGUGUACAGCACUCCAGUAUUGCUCUUCAUGGAUGGAAUUUUUCUUAAGCCUCUGCUCAGAAGAGUCACUGCUUUGGUUUUCCAGCACAUUGUGGUCGUACUUCUGCUGACACUAGUUUGCAAAGGGAAUUCACAGAAGAUCGGUCCAUCUCCGCCAUUGAUAGCAGUGGCUGGUGACGAUGUUGUUUUGCCAUGCCAGCUGGAACCUCCUGUGGAUGCUGUUCAGAUGACAAUUGAGUGGGGAAAACCUGAUUUGAACCCCAGAUUUGUGUUUGUGCGGCAUAAUGGACAGGAGCUUCAGACUGAUCAAAACACAGCCUACAAGGGAAGAGUGUCACUGUCCAUCGAUAAGCUAAAGCACGGAGAUGUUUCACUGAAGCUGUCCAAAGUGAAAGUCUCUGAUAGUGGAAGAUACAGAUGUUACAUUCCACAACAGAGUAAAGAAUAUUUUGUUGAGCUUCUAGUUGGUACUUCCUCCCAACCUGGUGUCAACUUAGCAGGACUCGAUAAAGCGAGCAGCGGAGUGAUGUUGGAUUGUAAGUCUGCAGGAUGGUAUCCAGAGCCUGAAGUAAUAUGGAUGGACAGUGAGGGACACCUCCUCUCUGCUGGACCUACAGAGACCCUCAGAGGUCCCGAUGACCUCUAUACUGUCAGCAGCAGAGUGACUGUGGAGAAGAGACAUAACAACAACUUCACCUGCAGAGUCCAACAGAGGAACACCAACCAGACCAGAGAAACACACAUAUAUGUUCCAGAUGAUUUCUUCGUGGUUCCAGCAAGUUGUGUUGUUGCUGUCACCUUUAAUGUGAUUUUCUGCCUCAUAUUUGUUCUUGCAGUCGCUAUUUUUAUGUGGAAAAACAAGAUGAAAAUUCAAGAUACUCCUACCACAGAAUGUCAGUCUUUGCUGGAAGAUUUGGGCAACAUAAAUGGAAAACUUGAUGAAGAGUUAAAAGUGUGUGAAGAAAAACAAAAGAAUGCAGUACAGAAGAUGACUGAUGUUCUAAAGGAGAUUUUGACUCAAAUAGAGAAGCAGAAAGAACAAUUUAACAGCCAAACAGAGGAGGCAGAAAGACUGGCUACGGAGAAUGAGGAGAAGAUUAGAUUGGUUGAAAAUGAUGCUGUAGCAAAGGGAGAUAAAGCAAAGGGAUACUUCAAACUAAAAGAAAUCAUGAUCGAUGUCAAAGGGGAAAUAGAUAAG